AUGUCCUGCGAACAGAAGUCAAAAGGAUCGCUUGGCAGAAACCACGUUCCACCUUCUGGAUGGUGCAAAUUGAAUACUAAGGAUGUCCUGCGAACAGAAGUCAAAAGGAUCGCUUGGCAGAAACCACCUUCUAGAUGGUGCAAACUGAAUACUAACGGUAUGCAAAGGAGUUCAGGAGAGGCAGGAUGCACAGAAGCAAUACGAGGGGAUACUCAAGAAUGGCUGUGUGGUUACUCGCUGAAGCUAGGAAGACAAAACUCACUAUCAGCAGAAGCCAGAGGAAUUCUUGAGGGUUUGAGGAUUUGCUGGUCUAUGGGGUUCAGGAAAAUUAUAGUUGAGAGUGAUGCUAAGCAAGUAUUGGAAUCGAUGCAACAAAGGAAAGAUAUUGAAGGGAACUCUAUUGUGUCAAAGGAAAUCAGAAAGGCUUUGAACAAGGAAUGGGAGAUAGAGAUCAGACAUGUCUACUGA